UUUAAAGGCGCGCACACACGCAGGGUGCCUCCGAGAGCUCAAAAGCAAGGGAAAAAUUGCGCCACUCUUGGUGCGUCUUUCUUUUCGAGGGGGGGAAAAAAGUUGAGGAAAGACAGAAGAGGACGAACCAAGGGGAGACUCGGAUGAACGAAGCGCCUCCUUCGCUAUUUCGCCUCACACUGUAAAUAGAUGGUUAUUUAUGCGCAUAAAUGAAACUAUCCUAAAGGUUGCGGCGCGCGUCUCGUUUUCGGAUACGCAGCUUUUGGGGGGGAAGCACAUCCAUGCAACGCUCACAUUUCCGGACAGAAUCGUAGACUUCAAAGUGACCGGAUCUUGAAGUUGACGGACUUUUUUUUUUUUGUGCUGCGAAGGCAACUCUUGCUGCCUGAGUGAGACUGGACGGUGGAAUUAAUCUCUUCGCUUGAGAAUUAAACGCAGACGGCUGGGAAAAAGUCGAGUCCCCGCCGGUGUCUAUAACUGAAGCGGCUUCCUCAAAUUGCCAGAAUGGACUCCCACUGCCGCAAACUGGCCACCACCUGUGCGCAAAUAGAAAAAGAGAAAAUCCAGAAUAAAAACGACGACUCGUCAGAUGACCCCUCCAAAAAGAAGCGGCAGCGGCGGCAGAGGACUCACUUCACCAGCCAGCAGCUGCAGGAGCUGGAGGCCACGUUCCAGCGGAACCGCUAUCCGGACAUGAGCACGAGGGAGGAGAUAGCCGUGUGGACCAACCUCACAGAGGCCCGAGUCCGGGUGUGGUUCAAGAACCGGCGAGCCAAGUGGAGGAAGCGGGAAAGGAACCAGCAGGCCGAACUCUGCAAAAACGGCUUCGGGCCGCAGUUCAACGGACUCAUGCAGCCCUACGACGACAUGUAUCCCAGCUACACCUACAACAACUGGGCCGCCAAGGGCCUGACCUCCGCCUCUCUGUCCACCAAGAGCUUCCCCUUCUUCAACUCCAUGAAUGUCAACCCCUUAUCUUCGCAGACCAUGUUCUCGCCGCCCAACUCCAUAUCCUCCAUGACUUCCAGCAUGGUGCCGUCGGCGGUGACCGGCGUGCCGGGCUCCAGCCUCAACAGCCUCAAUAACUUGAACAACCUCAGUAACCCGUCUCUCAACUCCGGGGUGCCCACGCCGGCGUGCCCCUACGCGCCCCCGACGCCUCCGUACGUGUACAGGGACACUUGUAACUCCAGCCUGGCCAGCCUGAGACUGAAAGCCAAGCAGCACUCGAGUUUUGGAUACGCCAGCGUGCAGAAUCCGGCCACUAAUCUGAGCGCCUGCCAAUACGCCGUGGACAGACCGGUCUAAUACCAACCUGCACUGCAAAAAAUCACCACCCGAGCAAGAGCCGCGGCUUGUAGCGACGCGU